AUAAUAAAAAAAGACUUCAUUCUGAAUCUACCUCUAUGAACUACAUUGCAACACAUUUGUAAACAAAGCAGGACUCCUGUGUGGAUGAGGCUCCUCCAUAACUUCAGCUCAUCAGGUUGUAGUUUCAGGAUGGGGUUGAACCAUGUUGCCGUCGUGGUCGUGCUCGGUCUUCUGUCUGUCGGAGAGUCUGCUCCUGUGACCGGCUGUGAGAGUCUGAUCAAACCUAUGGACGUCCUAGAAAGAGACCAGCUCCUGGGAAAGUGGACGCUCUUAGCAGAAUCUACAAACACACCUGGAGCCAAGUCGAUGACAGAUUUUGUUGUGGAGAGCGCCUGGACAUUAUUUACUGCUGCUAAUGAGAGCGGGGUCAUUGACGUUUUUCAGGCUGAAAAAAUGUCCGGCAACUGUUACACGCUCAAAACCAAGAUGACGUUGGAGAACAACACUCUCUCUAUCGGGCCACCUUUGAAUUCUUCUGCCAGGCUGCUGAGCACCGGCUGCCCUGACUGCCUUGUUUACGCAACACAAUAUCCCAUGGAGGAGAGCGCAUACAACGGGGUCCAGCUGAUGAGCAGGAGAAACAAUGUGACUGAUGCUGAACUGCACGAGUUUAGGAGGCAGGUGGGGUGUCUGAAGUUACCACCACCUGUGAUCCUGAACCAAGACAAAGGUCUUUGCCCACAAGACUCUCUGCAGAACACGGAUCUAACCAACGACUUCUAUGGCAUGAGCCCUGAAGAAUUAGAAACAAUCUUCAGUGGUGGAGAUGUGAUGGUGGAAUGGACUUGAUUAUACAUUUAAUGUCAGAAUUCAAAUUGAAAAACUAAUUUUAAAAUUAAACUGCAUUAUGAUAAAUUAUUUUUCAUUUUCAGGAUGUGG